AUGGCCAAAUAUCCUGGAGAACAGUAUACAUAUUAUAGCUUUGAUUCAAUACCAGAAGGCAAAACAAAUCUAUACCCAAUUAAAUAUCAUAAUUCCAUAACAUCUCAAGGUCUCACUCUGAAAGUCAAUGCUCCUAUCAUCUUGCAUAGAAACCUAUAUCCAGUCAACAGACUUUGUAAUGGAACAAGAUUUAUCUGUCAGCAAUUCCAAUCCCAAAUAAUUGACACUGAAAUAAUAACAGGAGACCAUCAAGCCAGCAUUUGCCUUGACUAUCAACAAAUCUCAAGGUCAAAUGCUGCCCUAUGUUGGCCUAUAUCUUCCACAGCCCAUUUUCUCAUGGACAAUUAUAUGUAG